GCUCCAACAUUUUGGGCCUUGGCGCGAUCCUUGCUGCAAAAUCUUGGAGCCAAAGCUUCCCCCAAAAUUUCAAUUGAAUCUGCCCAUCCAAAUAUUUUGGAUUAUUUGGUUUGAAAAUUAAAUAAAAAAGAAAAUCCCUUUAUGCCUCCAUUCAUAUACACACAAACAACCUACUCAUACAAUUCUCUUUUGGGAUUUGGUCUGAAUUUAGAGCAAAUUUUCGAUUAUUUCUGUGAUUCGUCAGAAUUUCUCAUUCGUUCUUCCUCCUUUCAUGUAUUUUUUUUUUUGGUUUUUAAUUUUCCUUCCCGUGUGAAGAUUUUGAUCUGCAUGUAAAAUUCGUUUCGGAAAAUCGAGUUCGAGGGUGAAUUGUUUUCUCUGGUCUUUAGAUUUUUUCGGUUUGAGUUCUUAAUUCUUAAUUAGGGCUGUAUAGAUAGUUCUAGGUCGUAGUUUGUUGUUAAAUCUCAGUGAGUAAUAAUCGGGAUUUAUUUGAAGGGCAUUUGGAUAGAUAUCUAUUUUGAUAUUUCCGGUGGGGAUCGGGAAUUAGGGUUUGUCUCGGUUUUGGGUUUUUUUGCGAUGGGUGAAUCUGAUUGGUGACGAGGAGAUGAUCGGGAAACGGCCGAGGAAAGUUGGUGUGCCGAAACUUAAGCGUUGCUCAGCGGAGAAAGAAGAAAUCAUUGGUGGCGACGACGUUGAAGAAUCAUGCUCCACUGCUGUUGAUUGUAAGACGAUGAAGAAGCAAGCGACUCAGUGUUUUACAGUUCCUGUAGUUCAAUUAGAAAGCGAGAACAUUGAUCGCUCAAGCUAUUGCCCACCGACUGGGGUGUCAUCAUCAUGCAACGGCAAAGCUAUUUCCGUGGCUCAGAGGGUUUCUAAGAAUAAGCCUCCAUUGUUGAAGUCUUCCAGAGGGCGUAGGCAGGUUCUUCCUAUGAAAUUUAGCGACUCGGUUUUGCACUCGUGGAAGAAAGAAAAGUCAGAGUGUUCUGAUGAUUUGAAGAGCUGUUUAGCAGAUAAUAAUGAAUAUGCUCAGAAUGUGCCUCGUAAUAAGAAGUUAAAAAGGGAAGAGUCGUCUGCAUCUUAUGAUGACAUAUAUUUAGUCAAGAAACCUCGAAUUGAGAGGCCAUUGGACUUCCGGUUGAAAAAUAUAAUUUUAGAGCCCUAUCCUAGUUCGCAGAGUUCAGUGAUGUCAGUUAAUGAAGGGAAUUCUUGUGUUUCUCCCAUGGUGGAAAGUGGUGGUAACAUAAAUGGACAUGCAGGAUCCAAAAAAUCAGUGAAGGAGAAAGUGGUUGAAAAGAAGGCCGAUUUUUAUGAGCCUGGUGAUUUUGUGAUGGGAGAUAUAGUUUGGGCUAAAUGUGGGAAGAAUUUCCCUGCUUGGCCUGCUAUUGUAAUUGACCCCCUCUGGCAAGCUCCUGAGGCAGUACUGCGAGCUUGUGUUCCUGGCACUCUUUGUGUUAUGUUCUACGGGUACUCCAGAAAUGGACAAAGGGAUUAUGCUUGGAUAAAAGCGGGAAUGGUUUUUCCUUUUCAUGAAUACAUGGGCAGGUUUCAGGGGCAGACUAAGUUGUAUGGUAGCAAGCCCAGUGAUUUCCACCUGGCUAUAGAGGAGGCAAUUUUAGCAGAAAAUGGCUACGCCGAUUCAACCAUGGAGACUGGCCAGGAAACAUUGCCUGUCACAAAUCAUGGCAGUGCUGAAGCCACUGGUUCAAAUCAGGAGUCAGAAUGUACCAUUCAGCAGGAUAUUUUUGAUACAAGAAAAGACACCCGAAGAUGUGGCAGCUGUGGCUUGAUAUUUCCUUGCAGAAUGGUGAAGAGAAUGAAGGAUACAACAGCCAAGGCUUAUUUUUUGUGUGAACAUUGUAUUAAGUUAAGGAAAUCAAAACAAUACUGUGGUGUUUGCAAGAAAAUUUGGCAUCAUUCUGAUGGUGGCAGUUGGGUAUGUUGCGACAGUUGUGAUGUUUGGGUCCAUGCUGAAUGUGCCGAAAUUUCUACCAACCUUUUGAAGGAUCUGAAAAAUGUUGAUUACUUCUGCCCUGAAUGCAAAGGAAAGCCGGCAUCUGAAUCAUUUCCUUUGGAUAAACGACAGCUUUAUCUCAGGCCAGCUGAAAAACUUGCAAGCAAAAUGCUGCCUGACAACAUAACAGUUGUCUGCAACGGUGUGGAAGGGAUUUAUUAUCCAAGUCUUCAUUUGGUUCAGUGUGUUUGUGGUUCAUGUGGCACAAGGAAAUAUGGGCUCAGUGAGUGGGAACGACAUACAGGAUGCAGAGCGAAGAAAUGGAAACAUAGCGUAAAAGUGAAGGGGUCUAAUAUGCCACUUGAAAAAUGGAUGACAGAGUACAACGUGCACUGCUUCAAUCCUAUGCGGUUGGAUAAGAAGCAGCUUUUUGCUUUUCUGAAAGAAAACUACAAACCUGUUCAUGCGAAGUGGACCACAGAACGAUGUGCUAUUUGUAGAUGGGUUGAAGACUGGGACUACAACAAAAUAAUAAUAUGCAACAGAUGUCAAAUAGCAGUACAUCAAGAAUGCUAUGGAGUAAGGAACACACAGGAUUUUGCUUCGUGGGUUUGCCGGGCAUGUGAAACCCCAGAAGUUGAGAGGGAAUGUUGUCUGUGUCCUGUCAAAGGAGGUGCAUUAAAGCCAACUGAUGUAGAAUCUCUAUGGGUUCAUGUUACGUGUGCGUGGUUCCGGCCAGAAAUUGCUUUCUCAAAUGCAGAGAAAAUGGAGCCUGCUGUUGGACUUUUUAGAAUUCCACCAAGCUCAUUCACUAAGGCAUGCGUUAUUUGCAAGCAGAUUCAUGGUUCUUGCAUGCAAUGUUGCAAGUGUGCCACCUAUUUCCAUGCUACGUGUGCAUCUCGUGCCGGAUAUUGCAUGGAAUUGCAUUGCUUGGAGAAGAAUGGGAUGCAGAUAACCAAAUGGAUAUCGUACUGUGCUGUUCACAGGAUACCUAGCUCAGAGAAUGUACUCGUGAUUCAGACACCACAUGGCGUUUUCUCUAACAGAAGUUUGCUCCAAAGCCAGUAUCAAGAACAAUGCUUGAGAGGUUCAAGGCUCAUCUCAUCAAGGACUGCUGAAUGCUCUGAUUCAUCUCCUGCUGAUACAGAUGAAUUUGAAGCAAUGUCUGCUGCGAGGUGCCGCAUUUAUAAGCCUUCAAAAGUGAAGAAAAUUGGACAAGAGUCAGUAUUUCACCGCGUGAUGGGGCCUAGUCACCACUCUCUACAUGAUAUAGAUCGUUUAACUUCACAUGACAAAGCUCUUGAUGAGGCAAAAGCAUUUUCAACAUUCAGAGAACGGCUAGAGCAUUUAAAGAGGACCGAAAUAUAUCGGGUUUGUUUUGGUAAAUCAAGGAUACAUGGAUGGGGCCUCUUUGCUAGGCAAAGCAUUCAAGAAGGAGAAAUGGUUGUUGAAUAUCGUGGUGAGCAGGUGAGACGUAGCGUCGCUGACCUAAGGGAGGCACGUUAUAGAUCGGAGGGCAAAGAUUGCUAUCUUUUUAAGAUCAGUGAGGAAGUGGUCAUUGAUGCGACAAAUAAGGGGAACAUAGCUCGCCUCAUUAAUCAUUCGUGCAUGCCUAACUGUUAUGCGAGGAUUAUGAGUAUGGGUGAAGAAGAGAGCCGGAUAGUUCUUAUAGCUAAAACCAAUGUUUCAGCUGGCGAUGAGCUAACGUACGACUACUUGUUUGAUCCUGAUGAGCGUGAGGAGGUUAAAGUCCCUUGCUUGUGUAAUUCUCCCAACUGCAGGAAAUUUUUGAACUAAAAAUCAACUUUUGUAUAGCUGCUGAGACUGACAGGACUGACCCUUUUCUCAUAGAAGAGUAUUGGUGACUUUACAGCAGUAGUUGUUUUUAUAGUUUCCAUUUUCCAAAGUUGUAAUUGCCAUAUAAUGUCCAUUAUUUUGCAAUUGUAAUGCAUUAACAAAUAAAUGAUCAAUUCAUGAGCUAUGUGCCGUCUGCCAA